ACCCACACCCACACCCACCUCCACCUCCACCUCCACACCCUCGACAUCCUCCCAAACCCUGGCUCCAUCAAGUAAGGCAGAAGGAGCAUCUUCUGAGGUGGAGACUUUCAUCCGAGACAUAUGGGCAGGGAGGAGGAAGGAGACGCUGUGGGCCAAGUAUGGCCCAUACAAGGUUUACAGCGAGAACCUCAUGGUCUUGGCCCCAGGACAGCAGUUGGAGGGAGAGAUUGUCAAUGCCUAUUUGUCAUGGGUGGGUGCAAAAGCUGGGGCUUUCAUUUUGGACUCGUACCUCAUGACUUCCCUCUGGCAGGGAACACACAAAGGCGGUUUAAGAAAGUUGGACCUGACAAAACACCAUGUGGCAGCUGGAGCCGUCUGUUCCGGGGCACACUGGCUACUCAUUAUCAUGUAUCUGAGGGAAAACGGGUCCCUUUUCUUGGACCCAUUUGGGGCCACCAAAGAACAGAUAAGCCGCUGCAAAGACCUGACACUAUCGCUGGUCCGCAAGACAAACCCAGCUGUUGGGAGAUGGGCAUGCAACAGCAUGGAUCAUCCGAAACAGCAGGACACAACAUCAUGCGGUGUAUUCAUUUGCAAGCUUGCAGAGCAAAUACUAUUGGACCAGAAGGUCCAGUACCCUGUUGACCAGGCGGGUGUGGCCUCAAUGAGGUUCGACAUGGCAAUGUCCCUGGUGAACAAUUCCGAUGACCUAUCCCAGCUGUGUCGGGCCUGUGGGGAACUUAGUUCAGGGUUGACCAAGGGUGACCAAUGGGUAAGACGUUGUAUUAAUUUCCUGACCAACAUUUGGCUGGAAGACUGGGAUACACCCUGGAUAGGUUACCUCAACAUCACCGGGUGAACACUAUAACAGAUAUUGAACAUUUUUACUUUAAUUCACCAAACUUGCAUGUCUUUGCACUAUGGGAGAACACUGGUGCAGUGGAAGGAACUUGUGAGCACGGAAUCUACACAGAAAGGACCACAGAUAAGAUCCCAACCUAUACAUUGCUUGUUUAGUUAAAUGUUAACAGCGUGAUUGUAAAGCGUACUCUGGAUGAGUGAUGUUAACCUAAAAAACGUUUGUCCAUAUUCUAACAUGUAUUAUUUCUGUUUCUUUUCAGAUUGAGUGCACCGGCUGUACCAAAUGGUACCACACAACAUGUGUUGGGCAGCCCUCUAUCUCACUGGACUAUUACUGCAAAGCCUGCACUUUAUAAACACACACACACACACAUACGCACAAACACACAAAUUCCUUGUUUAUGUGGUCCAGGCUGUUGUCAUCGCACACUUAAAAGAGGUAACCACAAAGCGAUAUUUAACUGAAAAUACUAGGGAAAUGUUUACUCAGAAUUUCUCAUCC